ACAGUCACUAUGAACAAUGGCCCAGCUAUACUACAAAAAAGUAAACUAUUCGCCCUACCGAGAUCGGAUCCCACUGCAGAUUGUGCGGGCAGAGGCAGAGCUCUCCGUGGAAGAGAAGGCCUACCUCAGUGCUGUAGAGAAGGGGGACUAUGCCAGCGUGAAACAUGCCCUCCAAGAGGCUGAAAUCUAUUACAACAUCAACAUCAACUGUAUGGAUCCUCUUGGACGCAGUGCCCUUUUAAUAGCCAUAGAGAAUGAAAACCUGGAGAUCAUGGAGUUGCUGUUGAGCCACAGCGUGUACGUUGGGGAUGCCCUGCUGUACGCAAUACGGAAGGAGGUGGUGGGGGCUGUGGAGCUGCUUCUGAAUUACAGAAAACCAAGUGGUGAAAAACAGGUCCCUACCUUGAUGAUGGACACGCAGUUUUCAGAAUUCACCCCGGAUAUCACCCCAAUCAUGCUGGCGGCUCAUACCAACAACUACGAAAUCAUCAAACUGCUAGUCCAAAGGCGGGUAACGAUUCCGCGCCCUCACCAGAUCAGGUGCAACUGUGUGGAGUGUGUCUCCAGCUCUGAGGUAGACAGCCUGAGGCACUCCCGGUCGAGGCUGAACAUCUACAAAGCAUUAGCCAGCCCUUCGCUGAUUGCCUUAUCGAGUGAGGACCCUAUCUUGACAGCCUUCCGGCUGGGCUGGGAGUUAAAGGAACUCAGCAAGGUGGAAAAUGAGUUCAAGGCAGAAUAUGAAGAGCUCUCCCAGCAGUGCAAGCGUUUUGCUAAGGAUCUUCUGGAUCAGGCGCGGAGUUCCAGGGAGCUAGAGAUCAUUCUUAACCACAGGGAUGAUCAAAGCGAAGAGCUGGAUCCCCAAAAAUGUCAUGAUUUGGCUAAGCUAAAGGUAGCAAUAAAGUAUCAUCAGAAAGAGUUUGUUGCUCAGCCAAACUGCCAGCAGUUGCUAGCUACGCUGUGGUAUGACGGCUUUCCAGGAUGGAGGCGGAAACACUGGGCAGUGAAACUCUUGACCUGCAUCACCAUUGGACUGCUAUUUCCAGUGCUAUCUGUGGUGUAUUUGAUUGCACCUAAGAGUAGGCUGGGACUGUUCAUUAAAAAGCCAUUUAUAAAGUUUAUCUGCCACACCGGUUCUUACUUAACCUUCCUCUUCAUGCUCCUGCUGGCAUCACAGCACAUCGUCAGGACAGAUCUCCAUGUGCAGGGACCACCGCCCACCAUCGUUGAGUGGAUGAUCCUACCCUGGGUUCUAGGUUUUAUUUGGGGAGAAAUCAAGGAGAUGUGGGACGGUGGAUUCAACGAGUACAUACAUGACUGGUGGAAUCUGAUGGAUUUUGCAAUGAACUCACUCUACCUUGCAACUAUCUCCCUUAAAAUUGUUGCCUAUGUCAAGUAUAAUGGCUCCCGUCCAAGGGAAGAAUGGGAAAUGUGGCACCCGACGCUCAUUGCAGAAGCCCUCUUUGCAAUAUCCAAUAUUUUAAGUUCCUUGCGUCUCAUAUCCCUGUUUACAGCAAAUUCCCACCUGGGACCCUUGCAGAUCUCUCUGGGGCGCAUGCUGCUAGACAUUCUCAAAUUCCUCUUCAUCUACUGCCUGGUGCUUCUGGCUUUUGCCAAUGGACUGAACCAGCUUUAUUUUUAUUAUGAGACCAGUGCCUCAGAGGAACCCAACAACUGCAAGGGGAUCCGAUGUGAGAAACAGAACAAUGCCUUCUCCACACUUUUUGAGACCCUCCAGUCACUCUUCUGGUCUGUGUUCGGUCUGUUGAAUCUCUACGUCACCAAUGUGAAAGCCCGCCAUGAGUUCACCGAAUUUGUUGGGGCCACCAUGUUUGGAACCUACAAUGUUAUCUCCCUGGUUGUGCUGUUGAACAUGCUCAUAGCCAUGAUGAACAACUCCUACCAGCUCAUUGCUGACCAUGCAGAUAUUGAGUGGAAGUUUGCACGGACCAAGCUCUGGAUGAGUUACUUCGAUGAAGGGGCCACACUGCCCCCACCUUUCAACAUUAUCCCAAGUCCCAAGUCAAUCUGGUACCUUUGCAAGUGGAUUCAUUAUCGACUGUGUCCUGGCAAGGACUCUGAGGAUGAACAGAAGAGGCAUGAAAACCUAAAAACAUUUACAGAACGGCAUGCUGACAACCUGAUCCAGAAUCAACAUUACCAGGAAGUGAUCAGAAAUCUAGUAAAAAGAUAUGUUGCAGCAAUGAUAAGAAAUUCCAAAACCAAUGAGGGGUUAACUGAAGAAAAUUUUAAGGAAUUAAAGCAGGACAUCUCUAGCUUUCGCUAUGAAGUUCUUGACCUCCUGGGAAACAGGAAACCCCAGAGGAGGAGUUACUCCACCAGCAGCACAGAGGUCUCCCAAAAGGAUGACGCAAAUGAAGAUGGUGCUGGAGAAAAAGCCAAAGCCAAGAGUGUGUCUUUCAGCAUAGCCAACAAAAAAAAAGACUUUAAUGUGUCAGCGCUCAUUAAAACUAUGUCUGGGAUUGACAUUCCAGUUGAGAAGCCAAAAAGCAAUGGAAUAAAUAAGCGCUCCUUCGUCCGAAAUGGGAAUAGAGUUCAAAGGCUUUCAAGCUCCAAGAAAGAGUCCUUCAAGAGACUGGGCCUCCUGUUCUCCAAGAUGAAUGGACAUCUCCCCGAGCCAAAUUCAGAGCCUAUGUACACUAUUUCAGACGGAGUUAUUCAGCCACAUUACAUGUGGCAAGACAUUAAAUAUUCUCAGAUUGAUAAAGAGAGAGAAGAGAACUGUUCCAAAAGUGAAAUUAACCUCAAUGAGGUGGACUAUAGUGGGAACAUGAGACAUACAGGACAGAGCAAGGAAUGCCCUGUGGUCUGUACCAGCUCCCUUCACUGUGCUUCCAGUAUUUGCUCCUCUAACUCCAAACUUAUAGACUCAACAGAGGACGUGUUUGACUCAUGGGGAGAUGCUUGUGACUUGUUUAUAAACCAAUGGAAAGAUGGGCAGGAAGAUCAUGUUACAACUCGGUUAUAAGUAAACCUAUUAAAACCUGCUAUAGACCAUAGCUCAAUAUUUGUAACUGUUUGCUAUCACAGAUGAUUCAGAGUUAGGAUUCCCUUUCAGUCCCUAGAAACCGGCAUACAACUCUCAUUAUUUUGGUCUAUUUUAUAGCCACCUUUACCACAUUUUAUUUGCCUUUUUAUACUCACAGAAGCUGAACUAUUUAGUUGUUCUGGCUAUUCAUUUUAAAGAAGUGCAACACUAACCAGCAGAGGUGCAGCCUGACAUUCCCUACCAUUUGCCAUGCUUUCCUCUUAUGUGCUUUCUCUAAACCACAGGGUUUCCUUACCGAUGCAGUCUGAGUCUUCAAAUUCUGUGGGGCUCAGAGAUGCUGGUGGCAGAGUAAAGGACCUGAAGAGCAGCUCUCUUUCUCCACGUUUCAUCUGGUUAGCAUUGUUGCUAUUCCUCCCAGUAUUUUGGCCAUCUACUUAUGUCACUGGUCACCAGUACCAGCUGAUGGAAAGUAGCUUAACCAAAUUGGAAGAGCUGUAAGAAGGGUUUUCCAGUUAUAACUGGCCUUUUUCUUUUAUUUAAGCAAUACAAUAUCUGAUUAUUUCAGCAGCGUGUGGGUUCUUUUCAGGUUGUAUAUUAUAUUCUUAUUGUAAAUUAUUGUUGACAUGAGAUAUAUUUAUCACUCCAUCAGUAUUACACGUUCAGUUCUAUGAUUUGCAUAAGUUCGUCACUGUUUUUCAUUUGUCGGGUACUUUUAGAAACCCACCGGCAUGCUAGGAGGGAAGAGUUACUUAUUACUGAACACUGAAAGAGAAAUGGAGCGGCUGCUCUACUUAUUGGUUUUUGCAUAGGGAUGGGCGGGAGGGAGGCACCAUCCAGGAUCCAAAUCCUCCUUCAUGUGCUUGACAUCCAGUCUGAAAUACAGUCUGAAUUUUACAAGCAGCUCCUAUCUGUAUAAUAGGUUGCACCAAACCCCAGAUCUGAGUCCUUUGAAUUGUACAGGUAGUUGGACUUCAUGCCUAAAUGUUAUGCUCUCUACUGCUGCAUUAGCUUUUAGCUGUCUACAAAUUCUGAAGAACUGGUGGUAAUAGUGUUUUCAGGCAGGAAGCUGCUUUCCUGUUGUGUUACCAAGCUGUAAGAAAGAUUGUCGUCUCUGCUCUCAUUAAUUGCGUUCCUUAAAACAAGUCAGAGCAACACCAGCCUGAAGUGUAUUUCACAGCCUGGCCAACCCCAUGCAGUUUCUUUUUUAGCUGCAGCCAAAUUGAAUGCAGCAGUAGAGGGUGUUUGUUUCCAGUAGGGCUAAAAAGUGCUAGGCGCUGCACAACCAUAAAGAAUGGCAUUGCCUCAUGCCAAAGAGCUUCACAACCUUAGAAAGAUGAGCUGAUGGACAGGACCACAUACAUGUGCUAUAAGCAGUGAUUCUGAUAAUGCAGCAACGCGUGCUUUCUUCUUCGUUUUUGCUGACACGUAGACCGUUGCCAGCAACCCCCUCAGCCUUGCCAUUAUUCGUCAGCCACUUUCUCGUAGGGAUCAGGGUGGAAAUAGGUGCUGAAGAAGCCAAGGGCAGUAGCAUUGUAAAUCGUCUCAGAAAUGGUGUUCGCAGCAUAUGGGACAGCAUGCAAUAUAGCACAUUAUUCAUAUAUCAAGUAUAAGAGGGCACAGGUGAUCUAUUAUGGACAUGCACUUAAAGGAAAGUGUCACUGGGUAAUUCAGUAGGGGCAUAUAUGGCUUUGCUCCUUCAAGGUGUUAUGUGCCCUCUGGUCCUACUGAAGUGAAUGGAAGUUGACACUGCCUGGCCUCUCUCAAUCAUGGCAGAAUUAGCUGUUGCCAUGAAUUGGGCUGGGAAGUGUGUUGAGAAAGGAUUUAUUAAUGUUUAAAGUGGCUGAGGCUCCUGCUGCUGCCAGUCUUUUUAUGUUUCAGCUGAAAACUUGAGUGAUACCAAGGCUCUCUGGCCUGGACUCUCGAGAUGAAAACUCCCCUUGGAAGAGAUGCUUGAAUGCUCAAGCAUGAAAUAUUUAGCCUGAGUUUUAAAUAUGAUUUUCUCUUCUCUUAUUAAGGAAAGUGACUCUGGCAGAUGUUUCCUUUGGGCACACAGAUGGCCUCCAGUGUCACAAGUAAGGUCACUGCUCACUCAGUUGUGUGCCCAAACCACAACCCUGGAUCCCAGACCCAAGAGCUGUCAGACAGUCCCAGAUAGAGACCUGAACUUGGCUGCUGAUGGGACAAAGCAAUUUCAUGGGUAUGAACACCUCAGGCUGCUGGAAAGGCUUAAUACAGGUCUCAGACAGGACUUUGGGGCUGGAGGCCACCCUUGUUUUUCAGCAGGCUGAGCCAACGGUGCAAAUGCAGAAAUAUACCCUCACUCCCUGCUUGCAGACUGCAUUAGUCUAGCUAGCAGAGGACAAACUACAACCCUGAUGCUGUCAGCUGUUGUGCUGACAAAGGGCUCAGCACUGUCUGUGAACCGGUAUUUACUCGGCUGCAAGAUGGAGGGGAGGGAAAUGACAUGGUUCCAUGCACCUAACAGUGCAAAAUCCCAGAGCAGAGGUAGUCUGCUGCUUAUUCAUAAACUAAGCCAGCCUCCCAUCCUGCAAACCCAGCUAUGCAUUAGGAUGACGUUGAGGGCAGAUGGAAGGUAACUCCAGCAGGACCAAUCCCAGGUUGAGACAAGAACGCUCUGAGACUCUCAAACCAGCCUGACAAAGCAUUUUUCUGCAUUUGAAAGAGCUACUAGCUGGAGGUAACGGUAAUGUUGCAAAUCACUUGAUGCAGCUGUUAGUCACUUUAUAACUUAUGAACCUAAUUCUGAAUGGGUCCAGUCAGCCUUUGUGGUGUUUUCAUGUAAGGCAAGUAGGAAUGAAAGCAAUACUGAGAUGGCAACACAGAUUACAUCAGGAGCCUGGGCUGCAAUCAGGGUUCACAUCACUUUGAUUGUGGGAGACUUAAAUCCAGAAGGACAGCAAGCACGCCGCUGUUGGCCCUGAUUGCAGCGUGCCAUUCAAAUGCAAUCAUCCGACAUCAGUAAGCUCCAACAUCAGGCACCGCAAUGCAGUUGCCUCUUUCUACCUGUGCACAAUGAGAAUGCAACAGGCGCUUUCCCUUUGUUCUGUCCAUAAAAUGACAGAAAGGAACUGAGAGGCCGUUAGCUAUAUUAGUCUGAAUUCAGGCAGAAGGCAGGGUAGGUUUUCACUUGAUUUAGAUGUGCACUUUAUGCACAACUAAAUCAGAGCAUACAUUUUCGUAGACAAUAGGUUUACUUCAUCAGAUGCUGUUUCCACUGCUUACAAAAGCUUAGGCUUUGCAUCUCUGAUUUAGUUAGCCUAAGGUACAAAUGUACCCUGCCUUCUCUGCCAGAUAGGAUCUGACAGACACAUUUUAACACAUUAGCUAACACUGUACACAAAAAUCUAUGUUAAAGUUAUGUUGAGGGUGAGACGUAUGUAAUGUAGCCGUGGCUACUUGGCCUGGGUCUUCUGUGAGAUUCUUUAUGCUCAGAUGUUAGCUCCAGCCAUGGCAAUUUAAUACCAACCUUUCAUUCUAAAGCAAACGUAUGAGUAACGAAGGAAAAGACUUCCCUAGGCAAAAUAACUAAAUUCCGUUCAGUUCUUUAUUUGUGUGUGACCCCUUUGAAAUCUGUGGGUUUUACAAAAGCUGGUUGAAAAAAAUGCCAUCUUUAUAGGAAAUUGCCUGGGUGUGAGGGCAGGAGAAGGGGAACAGAAUUGAAAGUUCCUCUGAAAAAUUAUGUCACCAGAACUGGAAACAUGUAUUUUAAAACUGGCUCAGUACAAUUUUCGUUUCCAGUUCCUCAAAGAAUGAAAAUGUUCUGAACGAACUGAAAUUUUCCACAAGAAAACGAAUGGCUUGGUUGGAGGCAUUUUGGUUGAAAAAUAUUUCAGCGAAGGAAUUAAUCUACCUCCAGAUCGUACGUGGAUGCGAGUGCAGGGGUUGGUGCGGUGUCUUUGGAUGGUCGUGGUUGGGGAUGAACCUGUGUGUUAGCGCUAGUUCCACAGUCACAGCCCUGCCCUGCCUGCUGUUAGUCUUUGUAUUUCAACACCAACCCAUAACACUUGCAAGGGAAUGAAAAAAUCUUUAGUUUGAAAGAUCUUCAGGUUUCUUCUCACAUGGGAUGGCUGCACAUCCUCCAAGCUGUACCAUCUUUUCAUCUAGCCUUUAAAGUGACCUAUUCAAUAAGGAAUCACCACUCACAACACUACCAAGUUACACACAGAUACAGUACUGUACAUCAAGGAAAACUCGGAGUUGUCUGAACUCAGGUCAGAAAUGAAGGAACCCUCUUCAGAAACAGGGACGUCCAUAAACACACAUCUUUGCAGACUGAUUUAAAUCAUUCUCUUUAUAAAUGAAUUCCACACACAUUGGUAGAUAUGUAAAUAUCCAUACAAUUGUUACUGUGCUCUUAACAUAGGAAGCGUAUGAAGUGGUUAGGGCACAGGAUUCGGAGUUGGAAAUUCUUGGGUCUAUUCCCAGCUUUGCCACUGACUCACUAUGUGACCUUGGGCAAGUCACUUAGCCUCUUUAUGCCUCA